GAGGAGAGAGCAGAGAGAGAGGACGGUGUUUUAUCAGCCAAGUGCAGCCUGAAUCGUGAGGAGCGGACGAUGGGGGGAAAAAUACCACUAUUGUUUCUUUUUCUCCAACAUCACCGUCAUUAACAUCUAGACCGGUGCGUGUCAAAAGACCCGGAGCGCUAUGGUAUUUGCUGUCUAGGAGAAUACAAUUGUAAUUAUAGUUGUGAAUAAAAAUCAUUUGGGAUUAACAGCGGACUUGUUUUUGGACUAUAGGGGUUUCCUUAAUUUGUUGACGCGCGUGUGUAAAUGUUGGACCGCAUUUAACCUGAGUUUCUACCCUCUGGAGUGAAAAGUGCGCCAGCCUUAUUUCCCAGGCUUCUUUCCAACGCUUGAGCGUCGGUAUUUUUUGGGGGGGCUAUGUGGCUUUUGGAAGGAAUGCACCUUAUCCUAACGGGACGUAACGCACAGAGGAAUAUUGUCUGAGGUGGAAAAAGCAGCGGACGGGAUCCUGCCUUACCGUGGACAGCCUUUGGAUUGGACCGAACUACUCCAAGUAUAACCACUACAACCACUGCACCACUACUCCUGCUUCUGCUGCUGUACAUGGCAGUCAUCUCAAAAUGAUGUAGACCCUUAUCACUGACUGGCUUGUCUACCUUCUGAGAAGUGGAGCUUGAAGGUGAUAUCUUUGCUGUUUCCUUCUUCAUUGCAGUGGAUGUUGGCAGGACCUUUUUGAGGAAUAUUUUCCAUAUCAUGAGGAAUAUAUCUCAGUUUUCCCUUUAACAAGCUGUAGGAAACUGAUGGCUGCUAAAGGAUGGUUUGCACUGCCUGGAUUUAAAAAAAGGAUCAUUAGCAACCACGACCUAUUCUGCUCCGGAGUUACCCACUUUCUUAUGCCUGUGUGUGAAUGUGAUUUUAGUGUGAUUGUUUGUUUGUGUUUGCAUCUGCAUGGCUUAAGUGAGAGAUAGAAAAUAAGGAAUUUGUACAAAGUAAGGACAAGAAAGGAAGGAGCAGACAAGUUGAAUACAAAGUGUGGCAGCUAUGACACAGUGGAGCCACUAUUCAAGGACUGGGUGUCAGCUACUUCAGACAGCCAAGAGUGGGAGCAGGAUGAUCGGAUACGUAAGGCUCGAAGGUUCCUUAAGCAGCGGACGGUGGGUGUCCUCUCUAAUAUGGCUGGGACUGCUGCUUCUGCAGCCAUCUCCGGCUGCUGUGUCGGCUCAGAAACUUGAUGAGAAUGACCCAGUGGUCACCACCACGUACGGAAAGCUGCGUGGUGUUAAGAAGGAGCUCAACAACGAGAUCCUGGGUCCUGUCGUGCAAUUUCUCGGCGUCCCGUACGCUGCUCCGCCCACUGGUGAGCGCCGCUUUCAGCCACCUGAGCCACCGGCGUCGUGGCCGGAGAUCCGCAACGCCACACACUUUGCCCCGGUGUGCCCUCAGAGCAUUGUGGAGGGCCGCCUGCCGGAUGUGAUGCUGCCGGUGUGGUUCACCAACAGCAUUGACGUUGUGUCCACAUACGUCCAGGACCAGAGUGAAGACUGCCUCUAUAUUAACAUCUACGUCCCCACUGAGGAUGGUCCCCUUACAAAGAAACACACUGAUGAUUUAGGUGAUAGUGACCGCACGGACGACGAAGACAUUAGGGAGAGUGGAAGCCCCAAGCCAGUGAUGGUUUUUAUCCACGGGGGCUCCUACAUGGAAGGAACUGGGAAUAUGUUUGAUGGCAGCAUCCUGGCCAGCUAUGGAAAUGUGAUUGUCAUAACUGUCAACUACCGGCUGGGCGUCCUAGGGUUCCUGAGUACAGGUGACCAGGCAGCCAAAGGGAAUUACGGUUUGCUGGACCAGAUCCAGGCUCUGCGUUGGACCAGUGAGAACAUUGCAGCCUUCGGCGGUGACCCAUUACGUAUCACUGUGUUUGGCUCAGGCGCUGGAGCUUCCUGUGUCAACCUGCUUACGCUGUCUCACUACUCCGAGGGCAACCGCUGGAGCAACUCUACCAAAGGACUGUUUCAGAGGGCCAUCGCCCAGAGUGGCACAGCUCUGUCCAGCUGGGCUGUCAGUUUUCAGCCAGCCAAGUAUGCCCGGAUGCUGGCCCGUAAGGUGGGCUGUAACUUGGAGGACACUGUAGAGCUUGUGGGGUGUCUUCAGAGAAAACAUUACAAGGAGCUGGUAGAUCAAGACAUCCAGCCAGCCCGCUACCACAUCGCCUUUGGACCUGUUAUUGAUGGAGAUGUUAUACCUGAUGACCCUCAAAUACUCAUGGAGCAAGGUGAGUUCCUCAACUACGAUAUAAUGCUGGGAGUUAACCAGGGCGAGGGCCUUAAAUUCGUGGAGCUUAUCGUGGACAACGAAAAUGGCGUUCAGGCUAACGACUUUGACUACGCCGUGUCUAGCUUUGUGGAUGACCUGUAUGGCUACCCGGAGGGUAAAGACAUCCUCCGAGAGACCAUCAAGUUCAUGUACACAGACUGGGCUGACAGGCACAACCCAGAGACCCGCCGGAAAACACUGCUGGCUCUUUUCACCGAUCACCAGUGGGUGGCACCGGCUGUCGCCACAGCCGACCUGCACUCCAGCUUUGGGUCACCGACAUACUUCUAUGCCUUCUACCACCACUGUCAGACUGAACAGGUACCACCGUGGGCAGAUGCAGCACAUGGAGAUGAGAUCCCUUAUGUGUUCGGCCUUCCGAUGAUUGGACCAACAGAGCUCUUUCCCUGCAACUUCUCCAAGAAUGACGUGAUGCUCAGUGCGGUGGUCAUGACCUACUGGACAAACUUUGCCAAAACAGGGGAUCCAAACCAGCCUGUCCCCCAGGACACCAAGUUCAUCCACACCAAGCCCAAUCGCUUUGAAGAAGUGGCUUGGACACGCUACAACCAGAAAGACCAGCUUUACCUACACAUUGGCCUGAAGCCCCGGGUAAAAGAGCACUACCGUGCCAACAAGGUCAACUUGUGGUUGGAGCUGGUUCCUCAUCUACACAGCCUCAACGAGGUCACACAGCUCAUCCCCACCACCACCAAGAUCCCUCAACCGGAGGCUACCAAUCGCACCCCGAAGACUAAGGUUCUGGCAACCAAGCGCCCUAACCCGAGUCCGUUCCCCACUGAGACCCAGGACAGCCACAACCAGCCACACCUGGUGGACCAGCGUGACUACUCCACCGAGCUGUCGGUGACCAUCGCUGUAGGAGCUUCCCUGCUCUUCCUCAACAUUCUAGCCUUCGCCGCCCUUUACUACAAGAAGGACAAACGCCGGCAUGACGUCCACAGGCGCUGCAGCCCCCAGCGGAGCGCCGCCAACGACCUGGCUCACACUCAAGAGGAGGAGAUCAUGUCCCUGCAGAUGAAGCAGCACUCAGACCUGGACUGCAGGGGAGUGGGCGACUCCCUGCACCCGCACGACGUGGUGCUGAGGACUGCCUGCCCGCCCGACUACACUCUGGCAAUGAGGCGCUCACCGGACGACAUCCCACUUAUGACGCCAAACACCAUAACCAUGAUCCCCAGCACCAUGGGGGGGCUCACCUCACUCCACUCUUUCAACACCUUCCCCAGCAGCGGGCAGAAUAACACCCUGCCCCAUCCGCACCCACACUCACACUCCACCACCCGGGUAUAGCCCUGUGGAUGCACCCACGCAGGCUGGACUCUGAUGGCUGAGGCAAAAAGCUAACGCCACUGCUGCAGCAGAGACUUAAGGCCAACAUGCUGACAACCACAGAGCUGUCAGGAGCUGAAACGCCAGCCUGGAGUUGCCAGACACCCAUGGAAUUACACUGGGAUUGUACAACACCCUGUUAAUACCUGAGGGAAUAUAGUCAAGGGAUUUCUGGGGGUUUGGACCAGAGGAAAAUAAUAAUAAUAAUGUUUUUGUAAAAAAAAAAAAAGAAAAAAGUACAAAUAAGGAGUUUAAGAAAAACAACCUCACAAGCUAAAACAAAGAGGAGGAUGUUUUUAAUUAUUAUUUUUGUUCUGAUAUUGCAGAAAAACAUGGUACAGUAAACUACUUUUUCUUUCUAAUGACAAUGGCCUUCGGGAAAUUUUGACAAAUGACGGCUUGACAGUAUUAUCUGGAAGCAGAACAGAGCAUCAGACACGUCUCGGAGGUGAGAAGAGGGGAGCACUUUGUAAAAGAAAGAAAAUAUUGUUCUCCUUUGGCAUCGCACAGCAGAUUACUCUGUUGUGGGGCACAGAGUUGAUGCGGUGCAAACCAAUUUAGGCAUGUGUUAACUUCAUAAAUGGAGGCUAUGUAAGAUAAAGCAAAAAUAAUUGUUGAAUAGAACAAAAGAAGGACUGGAAACUUCAAGGAAAAAAAGAAACCCUGUAUGCACAAUGGAACCAUUUUGAGGAAAUAAAUGUCACAGAUACUUUUCAUCCAUUUAUUUUUGAGGAUCAGGAACAAUUUUAUUGUAUAGAACCUAUUUACAUAUCUAGAUCUGUACACUAAGCACCAGGCUGUUUAAGCCCUCUUCUCUUGGGGGGUGGGUGGGUGGGGGGUCUAUACUGCAAACCUGCCAGCAGGACUGUACCAGUGGGAAUCGAGGAUCCACCUACUGGCUUUCUGGCAGUUCCAACUUCAACACAGAGAGCUGGGGGACAAAGGAUAAUUGGAUAUUUUAGCACGAUGCGCAUGACAAUUUAUCUGCUUGAUGGCUGCUCUGCUGAUUAUGUCAUUAUUAAGAAUAAUUUUCACCCUUUCCCUUGCAUUGGAGCAAUUUCAGACGGAUUUGCUGAUUGGAUUACAGGAAAACACAAACCCUUGCAGGACCAUGGAAAAUACAGUUCCAGGUUGUGGAUGUUGUGGCUGGGGAUAUGGUAAAACUUUCUUGCAUAACAUAAUAUAGCUUGAGUGGAGCUGGGCAUAUAAGGACUAGUUUUGUACUCUGUGUGUUGGUACUACUUUUUGAUAGUGGUGAAAUCACAUUACACUGUAUCAAUCAAACUCAUUGUACCUUCAGUUGAGAUCAAUGUUCUUUGCUAUUCUACCUAUUGGACCACUUUUCCGUAUAGAAGUAAUUACCUGCAACGUUUAUUCCAUUGCCCACUUUUUUUUUUCUUUAACUGAAAGGUGUUGAUUAAGUGACACAGUGGAUGCCCAUUGGUAUAUAAAAAAGAGGAUGAAAGUAGUGGAAAAUGUGGUAAAAGAGUGAA